AUGGCUCUUCCCGUGCUUUUUUUUUUUUUUUUUAAUAAAUUUAUUUAUUUAUUUUUGGCUACGUUGGGUCUUUGUUGCUGCACGUGAGCUUUCUCUAGUUGCAGCGAGCGGGGGCUACUCUUUGUUGCGCUGCGCGGGCUUCUCAUUGCAGUGGCUACUCUUGUUGCGGAGCACGGGCUCUAGGCGCUCGGGCUUCAGUAGUUAUGGCACACGGGCUCAGUAGUUGUGGCUCGCGGGCUCUAGAGCACAGGCUCGGUAGUUGUGGCACACGGACUUAGUUGCUCCGUGGCAUGUGGGAUCUUCCCGGACCAGGGCUCGAACCCGUGUGUCCUGCGUUGGCAGGUGGAUUCUUAACCACUGCGCCACCAGGGAAGCCCACCACUAACAUUCUUAACAAUAUGAUUAAAGCGUGGUAGAGUGUUGGAGUGGGCAUCUGUGCAGGGCGGGCAGCCCGGCCAGGCCCUCCAAGGAGCCCCUGCAGUCCAGACUGUUGCCCAAGAUGCAUCCUUGGCUUAGUUCUGGCUUUGUCGGCAGUGUCCUGGUUAUCCUUCGGAGGUAUUUUAUGCAUGAGAAGACAUCACACCCAUACUGACUCCCCAGGACCUGAGAAGAAAGCUCACCCUCUUUGUCCUCACUCUCUGCUUUAUUUAGUGUCUGGCUUCUAGCAAGUUCCUUCUCAGAUUUUCCAGGAAACUUGAAAAGGCUCCAGAUGGCAAAAGGAAGGACAGCAUGUGUGCUGGCCAGGUUGGGUCACGAGACCCACUGUCAAAGCAGGAAGGAGGAACAGGAAGAGAGGAGGGAGAGGAAUUACUGAAAACGAGUUAUUUUCAACACACAGCCCAGCUCCUGCAGAAAGAGACCAAGAUGAACGCAGAGUGGAAGGGAUGCUUAUCAGUGACAGAGCUCCAGGCUCCCGAGAGGAGGUUUGGCGUGGUGGUGGUUGGUGUCGGCAGAGCUGGCUCCGUGCGGAUCCGGGACUUGCGGAAUACACACGCUUCCUCGGCGUACCUGAACCUGAUUGGCUUCGUGUCCAGACGAGAGCUGGGGAGCGCUGAUGGGGUGCCGCAGAUUUCUUUGGAAGAUGCUCUUUCCAGUCAAGAGGUUGAGGUUGCUUACAUCUGCAGUGAGAGCUCCAGCCACGAGGACUACAUCAGACAGUUCCUAAACGCUGGCAAGCAUGUCCUUGUGGAAUAUCCCAUGACGCUGUCUUGGGUAGCAGCUAAGGAACUGUGGGCACUGGCUGAGCAGAAAGGGAAAGUCUUGCAUGAGGAGCACGUUGAACUCUUGAUGGAGGAGUUUGCAUUCCUGAAAAAAGAAGUAGUGGGCAAGGACCUGCUGAAAGGGUCUCUCCUCUUCACAGCUGGCCCACUGGAAGAAGAGCGGUUUGGCUUCCCUGCAUUCAGCGGCAUCUCUCGCCUGACCUGGCUGGUCUCCCUCUUUGGGGAGCUUUCUCUCGUGUCCGCCACUUUGGAAGAGCGAAAAGAAGAUCAGUAUAUGAAGAUGACCGUGUGCUUGGAGACGGAGCACAAAAGCCCGCUGACGUGGAUUGAAGAGAAGGCGCCUGGCCUAAAGCGAAACAGACAUUUAAGCUUCCAUUUCAAGUCUGGGUCCCUGGAGAAUAUGCCCAACGUAGGCGUCAAUAAGAAUAUUUUCCUGAAGGAUCAAAAUAUAUUUGUCCAGAAACUCCUGGGCCAGUUCUCUGAAGAGGAGCUGGCUGCCGAGAAGAAACGCAUCCUGCACUGCCUGUGGCUGGCGGGAGAGAUCCAGAAACACUGCCGCUCGAAGAAGUGACGGGAGGGGGCAGCACGGCCCUGCGCAGACGAGACCCGAGCCUGAUUUUUGUCAAGAGUUGACCUUUACCUCUGCUCUUACCAUUAAACGUGUCUUGGG